CACUGUGCGAGAACAACCUCCGCCUGAAUCCCCUCAAAUGCGUAUUUGGCGCCGAAGCAGGAAAAUUUCUAGGUUUCAUGAUAACAAGGCGCGACAUCGAAGUAGAUCAUAGGAGUACAAAAACUACGCGCGCCGAGAAGCACCAACGAGAUGCAAUCCCUAAAUGGCAAGUUGGCCGCGCUUGGAAGGUUCACACAAAGAUCCAUCGACAAGUGUGCUCCCUUCUUCCAAAAACUGAAGAGCGGCACCAGAUUUGCAUGGACCUAAGGUUGCAAAUAGGCGCUCAAUGUGCUCAAAAUGUAUCUUGUAUCUCCUCAUGUAUUGACUGCUCCCAAGCGUAAUGAAAAGCUUUUUUGUAUUUGGCCGUGCCGGCCAGAGCCGUGAGCGCAGUGCUAAUCUCCAGAAGAGAGGCACAGGCAAAAAGACCGAUCUACUAAACAUCUUGAACAUUGCUUAAUGCUUAGACAAGAUAUUUGCCAAUUGAAAAGGCAGUUUUGGCCUUAGUGAGCGCGUCACAAAAGUUGCGACCCUACUUCCAAGCGCACUCAAUCACGGUGCUUAAAAAUCUCCCCCUCAAACGAAUAUUAGGCUCAAUGGAAGUGUCAGGGCAGAUGACAAAAUGGGCUGUGGAAUUAUCGGGAUACGGCAUACAAUACGCUCCUAAACCGGCAAUAAAGGCGCAGAUACUAGCAUACUUCAUCGCGGAAGGAGUCGUUCGAGAGGAUACACAGAAAGGAACGUGGGAAGUAUAUGUUGGUGGUGCAGUCAGCAAACAUGGCGCAGGAGCGGGAGUAGUGGUACGAACCCCUGCAGGUGUCGUACACGAAAUCGCCAUACGAUUCAGAUCCCUACAAACAAAUAAUGCAACAGAGUACGAGGCUGUUCUGCCUGGACUAGCAGCCGCUAGAGACUUGGGCGCUAUGGUUAUAAGAGUACUGUCUGACUCCGCGUUAGUAGUGAACCAAUUGAACGGAAUCUUCGACGCAAAAGAAAACACACUCACACUCUAUAUAGAACAGGUAAAACGGCAAGCGACAUUGUUCGAGGUAGUAACUUAUGUGCAAAUACUGUGGGAAGAGAAUAUCCAUGCUGACGCACUAUUAAAGCUGGAGACCGCCACCGAUUUCUACUCAACGCGCUUAGGGUUGGUACAAAAGGAGGAUCCAGAACACCAACAGGUGAACACAAUAAACGCAACACAAGUAGCGGAAGAGGGAGAUUGGCGUACCCCAAAAACAAGGUACUUAAAUGACGGAUCCAUUCCAGACGACCCAAAAGAAACAUGGGCGCUGAGGCAGAAGGCGUCGCGUUGCACCCUUAUAGGCAAUGAGUUUCAUCGCCUCUCCGCUCACAUUGAGGCGUAUAAUUCAAAUGUAUAGGACCAACUGAAGCGCAGAACAUAAUACAAGGCAUUCACGAGGGACUGUGCGUCAUGCACAGUGGUUCAUGGACUAUUAAUUUUUAUUCUUAUGGUCCAACUCACUAAUCAAAUUUUGAUAUUGUUUUAGAAUUAGUUAGAAAUUGAGCUUUCAUGCAACACUCUAGGAGUUUGGGGUGUUGAACUUGGAAGAUUUGGGAUUGAGUUUCAGAAAGGAAGUGGUGGGGGAAGAAAAAAUCAACUGCAGCAGGUUAAGGCAGACAAGAGGGAGUUGCUGAGGGUAGUGAUCGAAUUGAGGAGAGUAUUGAAAGAUGCAGAAGCAAAACUGAAGCAGUUGAAGAGAGAUAAGUGAGAGAUGAUGAGGAUAUUAAUAAAAAUGUAGAGGGUAUUGAAGGGCAUGGAAGUGUAUUGAAGUAGGUGAAGGCAGACAAGGGGGAGAUGAGCAUAUUGAUGGAAUAUGAGAUGAGUUUUGGUUUUAGCGAACUUAUUACAACUGCCCCUGAGGAAGAUGAGUUUGCAAAACACAGGAAGAGGAUUGAGGAGUUGAAGAGCGAGUUGACAAGAACCCCAAUUGGAAGAGAAAUUGAGGGUCGCAGAGAGAAACUCCAUCAAAGUAGCAGAAAUGGAGUUGCAGAAUGAGGAUUAGAAAGUGAAUAUUUGGUUGAAACAUAUGCUUCUUGAGAUUGAAGAUAUAGUAGAAAAAAAUUUGGUCAUUCAGUGGCUAUUGGAUCUUUAUGUUUAUGGUUUUUGCAGCUACCACAACAUUUUUUUAUCUUAAAACGAGGAAUCAUUUAUUGAUUUAAUGAAGUAGGUCGAUUCUUUAUUCAACCUACUUGAACUGAUAGAUAAGGAGUGUCUAAUUUUGCGUCUUAUUACUUUGAUCGAGUCUAUUAGUAUAUUGGAGGUAACCCAAUUUUGUCGUUUGCUCUCAAGUUUUGGUGGUCCCCUCUUAGCUUAGUUGUUAGUAUAUAGUUUACUUGAACCUACAACUCUCAAUUUCUAUUUGAUUAGUGGCAUACUGCCCCCAAAAUGAGAGCAUUGAACCAUUUACGUAGGAUUGUGAGGUUUUAGAUUCAGUUUCAAACUAACUAAUAACAUUUUAACUGAACUUAAUUAUCAUUAUGAAAAUGGGAUCAAUGAUACAUUUUUAUAUUUUAUAUUCUUAAAUGAUGAUAUUUCUCUAAAUGUUCGACCUAUAUAUUCUUUCUUUAUGUAUCAUCUCGAUCGAAAGAUUGUCAAUAAAAUUAAACAGGUUAAUAGACUUUAACGUAACAU